GCCUUGCCCCGCGCACCGCGCCCUGCCGGAAGCAGCGACCGGAAGCUGCACGUGGGCGGCGCGGGCGGCACGUGGCGGCCGCGCCAUGGAGCGGCGGCGGCGGCUGCCGGACGCCAACGGCCGCUACCGGGAGCGCGGCUUCUGGGACGCGCGGUACCGAGAGGCGGGCGCCGAGCCCCAGGAGUGGCUCGGGGGUCUGUCCCGGUUCCGCCGGCAGCUGGAGGCGGAGCUGCGCCCCGGCGACCGCAUCCUCGUGCUCGGCUGCGGGAACAGCGCCCUGAGCCACGACCUCUACGAGCUGGGCUACACGGACAUCACCAGCAUCGACUUCUCGCCUGUGUGCAUCGAGGCCAUGAGAGCCCGCUACGCCCACUGCCCCGGCCUGCGCUGGGCCGUCAUGGACAUCAGCGCUCUGCAGUUCCCUGACGCCUCCUUCGACGUGGUGCUGGAGAAGGGCACCCUGGACGUGCUCACCGUGGAGGAGAGGGACCCCUGGCACGUGUCGCCCCAGGCCACCGCGGCGCUGCACCAGGUGCUGGCGGAGGUGAGCCGCAUCCUGCGCCCAGGGGGCCGUUUUGUCUCCAUCUCCUUCGCCCAGCCCCACUUCCGCAAGCCCCACUACGCGCAGGAGGCCUUCGGCUGGUCGCUGCGGCACGCCGCCUACGGGGACACCUUCCACUACUUCCUCUACGUCAUGUGCAAGGGCCAGCGCUUGGCUUCGCCCGAUGUGGCCCUGGGGCGCAAGCUGCGCCAGCCUCCGCCGGCCCCGGCCCCAGCGCCCCCCCCGGAGCCGCCGCCGCCGCCACCGGUCCCCGCCGACGAGGACUACCUCCGGGCCAUCGAGCUGUGAGCGAGCGGGGCUUCGCCCACCUCCCUGCCUUGCCCGGGCCGUAUCGCCCUUCGGCCGGGGCCCUGUGCCCGGUAGCGCCUUAAGGAGCUGCCCUGCAGAUCAGCCCUCCCAGGGGAGCUGGGGACCGGGGAGCAGCCCCCCCCCGCCUUGCCAGUCACCCAGCGAUGUGAGUAACGGGAGGAAGAGGGAGCAGCCUCCUCCUGGGGGAGCGUUUUGGGCAGGGGCAGCGGGGAUGCCACGGUGCCCAGGAGCGAGCCAGGGCCCCGGCAGGCGGACGCAGGGGGGAGAGUGGGAAAUGCCACCUGGGCUCCCGUCUCGGGGCCUCGGUUGUGUGUUUUGCCUCCCUUCUCCCCCCCUCCUCGCCUCUGGAAAGCAGCCAGGGCUCUGGGCUUUGUGGCUGGUAAUGAAACUGAAUCAGGUUUAAUUCCAUCCAUCCAUCUUGCAGGGGACCUGCUCCCUCCCUCCCUCCCUCCCUCCCUCCCGCUGGUGCCGGCUCCGGUGGAGGCUCCGCGGCAGUGCGGAGGAGCGGGGAGGCUGCGCUGGGGCUUUUCAUUCCUCUCCUUUCCCAGCUGCAAGCAAAUGUCUGGCCCCGCACGAUUAGCGAGCGUGGUGCUGACGAGGAGAGGGGCAGGAUCCCCCCCCGCCCCGGCGCUUUUGUGCCCACCUGAGCACCGGGGGCAGGAGCCACCCGGGGGACGGGGGCCCUGGGCUCUGCACAAGCCCUUUUCCCCCCGACGGCCGAUCACGUUUGAUCCACGCCACCUCCUUUCCCUGCUCGGCCCCCAAGCCUUGCUGCGGCCCCCGGGGGGGAGGGUUUGAUAUGACCCCGUUGCUGCUGGCCCGUGGUGCACGCCGGGCUGGGAGCGGGGGGCUGGCUGGGGGGUAGUUUGGGCUCCCUGGGGACGGGAGCAGGAUGCCCCAGGCUGCACCCUUAGGCCUCCCCAGCGCGUCCGAGCGGCUUUCCUGGCGCCCGCGUAGCCGGCUCUGCCCAAAACCAGGAGAAGCCGCACCGCCGAGCUGUGCUGGGGCGGCUCGGGGGCUGCCCGCAGCCCCUUCCGUGCCGUCCGGCCGUGGGGAGCCCCCGGCCCCACGGGGCCCCGCCGAUGCUGCGGUGCCAUGGGAAACCCGGCAGCGCCAUGGCAACGCGCCGGGUCGAUAGCAUCCGUCGGCCCCGCGGCGGGGACGCGCUGGCCGGGGGUGCCCCCUCCCCGUGCCGCCGGUGAAGCGGUGCCGGGUGUGGGGGUCCUGCGCCGCUCUCCCGCCCUCGCCCCAGCUCGAGUGGGCUACUGGUCCGCACUGGGAUGUGGCGUGGCGCAGGUUCCCACGCACAUCACCCCUCAUCCCCUCCUGGUCCAUGGUGGCAACCAGGCGCGAUCCUGGCACGGGGACCCUGCUGGCGCGCGGUGGCAUGUGCGGGGUUGGGGACACGCGUGCUGGCGGGGGCGGCAUCAGCGCCUGUGCCAGUGCGCGGAGCUGAGCUCAGCGGCAUGGGGGCGUCUGUGGCGUCUGGAGCGGGGCCGCGGACGUCUCGCCGGCUGUCUCGGCGCGCGGGGGUUCACAGCGUGGCUUCGCCGUGGGGCUGUGCCCACCAGUGCCCGCGCGCACCCGUGGGUGCAUUUCGGCAUUCUUGGCUCGUGGUGCUCCCGCCGUGCAAACUGGGACCGAAACGCCCCGGGAUGCCCCUCGCGGGGUCACCCCUGCGGCUCGGCCCCCAGGGGGGCAGCGAUGCUGGGGGGGGGUAGCAGGGGGAAGGGACACCUCCGCGGAGGGACAGCAGUAAAAUAUUUAACAGGCACGAGCCGCCGGGCUGCUAUUUCUGGCGAAAGGCAAAAGUGGGUCAGCCGGGAGCUGCCCCCCCUCCCUGCCGGGAACCAGCAAAGGACUUGGGGGUCGGUCCCCCCCAGCCCGCAGGAGCGUGGAGCCUGGAGCUGGGGCAGUGCCGAGAGCCCAGCCAUUCCCAAAAAACAGCACACCAAAGCGCCGGGGCUGAUCCCUGCUGCAGCCCUGCGGCCCCGCUCGCUCUGGUGGGGGACGGCGAAAGGAAGGAGCAGGCGGCUGCCGGCCUCGAGUUGGUACAUGAAUGUAUUUUAUUCAUCGCGUUUUGUUCACCAGUACAGUGAAAAAUGGCAUUUAAAUUUACAAUGGAUCAUUCGUAGAACAUCAUGACACAAGUAUCUUUUUUUUUCUUCUUU